AUGGUAGAGGAGUCUUGGUGGUACAACAUUAAAUGCUUGGGUGCCAACCAAAAGGAUGGAAGUUUGAGCCUGCUCCACAUUUUUGUACGAAAAAGAGCCAACAUGCUGCUUUCAUCAACAUUCCCAAACCAGAGUUCACUGCCAUGGGACUGUAGCAUACAAGAAAAAAUUGACUUAGAAAUCAGAAUUCGAGAAGGAAUAUGGAAACUACUUUCUUUGAGCACUCAAAAAGACCAGAUUUUGCAUGCAGUAAAGAAUCUGAUGGUGUGCAAUGCACGAAUAAUGGCUUACACAUCAGAACGACAGAAAUUAGAAGAGCAGGUCCCAGAUCAGACUGGAGGAUGCGAUAAGAAUUUUGAAAGUAAAGAACGGACUGCUUGUAAAGGAAAGAUUGCAAUAUCAGAUAUCCGAAUACCAUUAAUGUGGAAAGACUCUGAGCACUUUAGCAAUAAGGAACGAUCACAGCGCUAUGCUAUUUUUUGUUUAUUCAAGAUGGGAGCUGAAGUUUUUGAUACAGACAUGGUGAUUGUGGAUAAAACAAUCACAGAUAUAUGCUUUGAAAAUAUAACUAUAUUUAAUGAAGCAGGGCCAGAUUUUCAGAUAAAGGUGGAAGUAUAUAGUUGCUGUACAGAAGAAUCUUCUAUAAUGAACACACCAAAAAAGCUGGCUAAGAAACUUAAGACAUCUAUAAGCAAAGCUACUGGAAAGAAAAUAAAUUCAGUGUUUCAAGAAGAUGAUAAUGAAACGAGCUUGUUCUUCAGUCCUGCUAUUUUUGGUGCAAAGUAUAAUUUGCUAGCUUAUACUACUCUGACCUUGGAAAGUACUGAAGAUAGCUUCAAGACCCAUAAUCUGUCUAUUAAUGGAAAUGAGGAGUCCUCGUUCUGGCUUCCGUUGUAUGGCAACAUGUGCUGCCGCUUAGUUGCCCAGCCGGCUUGCAUGGCUCAAGACGCAUUCGCAGGAUUUCUUAAUCAGCAGCAAGUGGUGGAAGGUCUGAUUAGUUGGAGAAGAUUAUAUUGUGUUUUAAGAGGAGGUAAACUCUAUGGUUUUUACACUCCAGAAGAAAUUGAUGCCAAAGUGGAACCAACCAUGGUAGUACCCAUUAACAAGGAAACGAGAAUUCGGGCAAUGGAAAAGGAUGCCAAGAAAAGAAUCCAUCAUUUCUCUGUCAUCAACCCUGGGGCUGGACAGGCCGUGACUCAGGUGUUUUCAGCUGACAAUAGAGAAGACCUUCUCAAGUGGAUGGAUGCCUUCUGGCAGCACUUCUUUGAUCUUUGCCAAUGGAAGCAUUGUUGUGAAGAACUUAUGAAAAUUGAGAUUAUGUCACCACGGAAACCACCUUUGUUCUUAACAAAAGAGGCGACCUCUGUCUACCAUGAUAUGAGCAUUGACUCUCCCAUGAAGCUUGAAAGUAUAACUGAUAUAAUACAGAAGAAAAUUGAAGAGACAGAUGGACAGUUCCUCAUUGGUCAGUGUGAAGAAUCUCUACCACCUCCAUGGGCCUCGCUCUUUGAUGGCAAUCAUGAAAUGGUCAUUGAGAAGAAGGUAUUAUCUCCUGCAAGUGAGCAUUUACAAGAUGGGAAGGGGAAGAAGAGGCGUGCCCCCCUUCCUCCCUCUGAUAAACCUGCAUUCAGCUUAAAAACACAGUCCAAUGUGGAUGAUCUUGUUAAGGACAAGUGGGAAAAAACGAGUGUAUCUCGGGCAUCAACUUUCGAUACCAAAUUAUCCACCCUAAUGUGUCAGCUCCAGAAACCAAUGGCUGCUCCUCGAAAACUUCUCCCUGCCAGCAAGCAGGGUGUAACUGACUGUGAGCACAAAGGUACUGAAAGCACUUCUGAAGCCAUGCCAGUGCCAGCUCCAAGGCAGAAAUCCAUCAAAGACAUUUUGGACCCUCGGUCAUGGUUGCAGGCACAAGUAUGA